AUGGAAACAACCGGAAAGGUUACUGCAUGUCCUAAAAAAUUAUAUAAAUUAUAUUUUUUACUCAGUUUUUAUAAAAAUUUAAUGUCAAAUUGCUCAUAUUUAAGAAUUUAUACUAAAAUUUCCUUCUUAUAUGCAACUACCUUAAGAUAUUUUACAGUUGGUUUUCUAUUUUCACCAUUCUUGCUCACUGUAUUAGUAUUAUUUAAUUUUACUUUUAGAGAAGUUGGUACUACAUCAGCUUCUAUGGUUUCAUCAAUUUGUUUAGGUGUUAUUAGUACUGAGUUACUACUAUUUGUUAGCUUCUUCUGGGGUGCAUACACCAGCAUUCUAUCUCCUAGUUAUGUAACAGACUCCACCCUAGUAAGUCCAACUGAGGGUCUUGUAAGUAUCUCUAGUAGAGGACUUAUUGUAACUAUUACAUUCUUACUAUCUACUGCUAGUGUAAUUCUAGGAUAUGGUAUUUUAACUUCAGAGAAAGCUAUUAUACUAAAUAUCCAAAGAGGAUUCCUUACUUUAGUAAUCAUUGCCCUAUGUUUUACUAGUAUCCAAGUUUGUGAGUACUUAGGACUAGCUAUUUCUAUUAAUGAUGGAGUAUUAGGUACUUACUUACUAUGGAUUACAGGAUUACAUUUCUCACAUGUAUUACUUGGUGCUAUCUUAUUAUUCUUUACAUUCUGGAGAGGUAGUUUACAAUAUAAUGCAAAUACACAAAUUAGAACAUAUAAUUCUUCUAGUAUUCUAGUAUUACCUUUACUAGAAUCAUACACUCUAUUAUACUGGCAUUUUGUAGAAGCUAUUUGGUUAGUAAUUCACUUUACAUUCUAUACUUUAUAA